AUGGAUUUGGAUGCUUUUAAUCGCUCUGAGUGGAACGAUUCUCAACAUCCUCAUACAAGACAUCCGACAAUGACUUCUAAGAGAUGUCCGGAAAUACCAUCUCCUAAUUCAUCAUCAGGAAGCUCAGUGGAUUCAAGCACAGACAGAUGUACAGAAGAAAAAAUGGGAUCUAAAAUGAGUGAGUAUCCUGGACAAUCAGAAACAAAUUUUAAACAGAUACCGGUCAGUGCACAAGAUAGUUUCUCCGACCACAGUCUGAACAAUUCAGCUGGUCCAUAUUCAAGCCAACAAGGUUAUACAAAUCCUUCUUAUGGCAAUAAUCCAUCUGCUACAUCAUAUCUACCAGGUACAACCUCAUUCAAUAUCGAUUAUGCACGUCAAAUGCAAAGUCCUUAUAUUUCUGGGAAUCCCAAUUCACAAAAUCUCCACACAAAUUAUUGCCCAACUAUACCACCAUCAGGUGGAAGUUCAUUUGGUAGCCACCCAGUGAACACGAAUCAAGGAUCUGUAUAUCCGAUGUUUAACGAUUUCCCUACUCCGAUUUCAUCUCAGUCGAAUGAAUUUUCUGUCUCUUCCAGAGUUUAUGGGUUUGCUGAAUCAGCUCCACACGAAGAUAUAAUGAAACCAACAUUAACACCUAAAGAAAAUUUCUGUGUUGAACAUGACUGUGGGCGUUUAAUGAGUGCUCUGAAUAGAUUAAAGAUAAGAGAAAAAGAAAUCGUUGAAGUAAUGGGUCGUCGAUCUGUUGUUCAACGUAUAGCAAUUCUACAAAAAUAUAAAUCUCUGUAUAAGGACAAUUUAUUCGCCAUAUUUAAUUCUAAAUUAACUGGAUGUUUAAAAGAUUGUUUGAUUGCGUUGUGCUAUACACCAGCAGAAUUUGAUGCAAUAGAACUUCAUAGAGCAAUGAGAGGAACUGAUACUGAUGAAGAUACAAUAAUUGAAAUUCUUUGUACAAGAACAAAUGAACAAAUCAAAAGAAUUAAGGAUGUUUAUCCAAAAUUAUUCGAUGGAUGUGAUUUGGUGAAUGAUGUAAACAAUCAGAUUACUUAUCAAUUCAAACGCAUAUUCAUGACUCUAUUAAAGGCGGAUAGAGAUGAAUUUACAUUUGUAGAUAGAAAUCUUGUACAAAGAGAUGUGGAAGAAUUAUUUAAUAUAAUACAACAAAACAUUAGAAUAGAUGAAUCAAAAUUCAUUCUUAUAUUGGCUUCAAGAUCUUAUGCUCACUUACGAGUUGUAUUCAAUGAAUAUAUACGAAUUAGUAAGCAUACUAUGGAAGAUACUUUAAAGCUCAGAAUGCGUGGAAAUACACUCAGUGCUCUACUUUCUAUGGUUCGUUGUAUACAAAAUAAACCACGAUAUUUUGCAGAAAAAUUAUUAAAAGCCAUGCAAUGUGCUGAAACAGCUGAUAAAGCACUUAUACGUAUUAUUGUCAGUCGUUGUGAAAUUGAUUUGAAAAAUAUCAUGAAAGAGUUUUAUAAAACAACACGAAAAACUUUGGUUGAUUGCAUAGAUUAUAAUAGUUGGGGAAUUUCAAAUGUAUUUAUUGAUCAAACUUUAUGGAAUGCAACACCAAAUUUUCAAACUGGAUCAAUUCAAAAUGCAAUCGAUAUGGGAUUUCCAAAACUUACUUCUUUUUCAUUUAUCAACAAUGAAUAUAAAUAG